AUGGAAGAAAUUAAGACCAACUUAUAAAAUAAGGAAAAUAUGGAAAAUUUUUAUCCAAUUAUUGAUUCGCAUACUCAUUUACUGGAUUACACUGAAUCAUAAUUAGAAAUUAUUCUUGAAAAUGCUAGUAAAGCUAAUGUAAAGCACAUUAUGAAUAACUGUUGUGUGGAAGCAGAUUUCAUUAAAAUUCAGCCAAUUCUAAAAAAAUAUAAAGAUAACUUUAUAUUAAACUCUUAUGGGCUUCAUCCAUGGUGGUUAAACCAAAGAUCACCUAAUUGGCUGGAAAAUUUGAGAGAAUAUUUGGAAAAAGAUCCUAAUAGUUAAGUAGGAGAAAUAGGAUUAGAUUAGUUGAAAUACGAUCAAACUUCAAAAGAAGAAUAGAUAGAAAUUUUAGAAAAAUAACUAGAGUUAGGAAUAGAACUAGAUAGAGUAAUUAGUGUUCAUUGUGUUAGAGCUUAACCAGAAAUGCAAAAAGUUUUUAAGAAAUACUUUAAAGAUCCUAAGAAAAAAACUGUAAAUAUUAUUAUGCACUCAUACAGUGGAAACAAAGAAAUGACAAAAGGAUAUCUUAAGCUUAAUGCAAAUAUUUACUUUUCACUAUCUUAGGGAAUCAUCAGGAAACCUGAAUUCUUGCAAGUAAUUCCUUUGGAAAAUAUUUUAGUUGAGUCAGAUGGACCAUAUCAACUUUGUGAAAAAGAAGUAUCAGAUUCUGGUUUAUUUAGUGAAAAAGACUUCAUAACUAACUAAAAUAAUCUUAUACCUAAAUUAGAAAAGAUAAAUGAACCAAGAUUUUGUCAUUCAUUAAUUGAAUUCCUAGCAAAAUUGCAUAAUAAAAGCAGACAAGAAAUUGCUUAAAUAGUAUAUACCAAUUCUUUAAAAGCAUUUAGAUUAAUAAAAUGA